UUCAUCAGCUCCGUAUAUAGUGGAAUACAGAAUAUAUAAAUGCAAUAUAUAUCUCUUCGUCACUCGUAGUUGGUACUUCCCCAUCGAUCCAGCUUCCUAUUUAUCAAGUUUUGUAUGAAUGUCUUAAUUUCAUAUUCAUAUGCACCUGAUCAACCCUUUAGUUUCGAUCGCUCACAGUCGCUCUCUGCUGAUCAGUGUUCACCAUCCCAUAUAUAUGAGUUGCAGAGUUCCGAUGGAUCCUUUGGCCGAGUAGCUUUAAAAGUUGGCCCCUAUGGAGGCACCGGUGGCGACACUUGGGAUGACGGAGUUUACUCGACGGUGAGGGUGGUGGACAUAGUUCACGAUUCAGCCUGCGUUUUUGGGAUCCAGACUAAAUAUAAGAGUGCCGGGGAUGAGUCAAUUUGGUCAGAAUUUCAUGGUCCAAAGAGAGCAGAUUACAAUAAAUCUAUAAGCAGUGUCAGGCUUGAUGAUCCAGACGAAUUUCUGGUUGCAAUUUUUGGACGUCAUGUAUCAGAUUGGUUCACGCCAACCCACAUUGCCUCGCUUACUUUCAAGAGCAACAAGAGUGUGUACGGACCAUUUGGACUGCAGUACCCAUUCGUCGUAAAUAAUUUCGCAAUCCACGUCCCAGGGUAUAAGAUUGUUGGACUUCAUGGCAGGUUUGACAAGUGGUUUUGGUUUCGUGCCAUCGGAGCUUACCUACAGCCUAUUCAUCAUCAGGUACCGCCUACCAAGUCUACUUAUGUCAACGUUUCUUCUAAUGAGAUUUCAGGGACUGUGGGUAACAAAAUCGGAAAUUUCUCUGUCGCUAAUAAGUACAGAGUUGUCAACAACAUCUAUAACAACACAUCAGCUCAACCAACACCGGAUCAUGACUCUUCGGUGGAGACUGGAGAGUGAGACGCAUCGACUACAUUAACCCCAUCCACAUUCGGAUCAAACCAUGCCCAAGAAAGACUAUAACAACACAAUUAUUUGUAACCGGCUCCGAGUGGAAGACAAAGUGUGUGUAAUCUUAAACUGAGAAGCCAUUGGAUCACUUCACAAAUAAUAUAGACACAAUUGUACAAAGAUUAAGAACAAGAAAUAAAUUUAAGAAUGGAUCAUGAACCUUUAAACUAAACGGCCACUCAAUCCAAGUCUAAGUCUUCUGCAUUGCAUCUCAUUUUGGUAUUCUUUGUAUGGGGCAAGAAUUUGUAUUACCGAGAGAGUAUGAGAGAGUGCAGGGACCUUAAGCUUUACACAAAAAUUAGAUAUUCUGUAACCUCCCAUAAAGAAAAAAAAUUAAGUCUAAAUUCCUAUUGUAAUUACAUAUCUUAUUAGGUUAACUCAAUAACCAAGUCAUAUUAGAUUCCAGCACAAAAUUGUUGUAAGUUGCGACAAUGGAGCCAGUAGGAUAAUAUAAGUUAAAUGGGAAAACCUAGCAGAGCCGCUCUGCUAGGGUUGGGAGUUUGCCGCCUUUGGUCUGGCUUCUCAAGAAUUGUCCCACAUCCUCGAUGGGACUCGUUUUUGAUUCCAUCACUGGGAUCAGAUGAAUUGUCCUCGUUGUCUAGAGGUGCCACGCAACAAGGGCUGUUGGGUAAUCAAGAGAUCGGGAUAUGUGGAUUGCAAUCGAGUUUUGGCCAAGGAUUGAAGGAGCAGUCUGAGAUUGGUCAUAUCAGAACCUUGGCUGAACGCCUGAGGCCCAAUUUGAAGGGUACAACGUCCGGCGAUGCGCAGCUUGCUGCGACAAAUUGG